GUGGUGGUGGUGGUGGUGGUGGUGGUGAUGAUGAUGAUGAUGAGAAGGGGAAGCGAGCUGAACUCGACUUGGAAUCGGAUCUUGAGAAGACAAGACUCCGACACUCUACGCUACCAUCAUGGUCACGAUUGUAGGUAAACAACCUAGCUGCAAUACAUCAACGACCAACGACAACCAAGAAGAACCGGUGGAUAUACUCAUCUUAGGUGCUGGAUGGGUAGCUGGAUUCUUAAUUUCGUAUAUCGAUCAACACAAGCCAACGAUAACGUAUCGAACGACGACGACAAAAGGAGGAGGCGAAUACCAGUCGAUCCCGUUCAAGUUCGACCCGAAUCAUCAUGUACCCGAAGCUGAUGAUGUGAACCAAUUCAGGAACUUGCCGCAUGCCCGCUCGGUGCUCAUCAGCUUCCCGAUCAAAGACUCCGGCGCUUCUCGUUUCUUGGUCUCCCAGUAUCUGCUCUCUAGAAGAACAAGGAAAAAGACUUCGACCCUGUCCAGCACCGAUCAAUGGAUCUUUAAUGUCAAUUUCAUCCAACUCGGAAGUAGUGGGAUAUUCGACGGAAGCCCAACAUUGAAAGCCAUCAAUAAAGAAGAGGGAAAGCAAGAAGGAUCGGUAUGGAUCGACCGAGAUUCAGAGUAUGACAAGACGAAUCCACGGGCGAUAUCGGAGGACGAGUUACUCCAGAUGAACGGGACAAAACCGAUAAGUGACGAGGACGUGAGUGUGCGGACGACGGUUCUGAACCUAUCGGGGCUCUGGGGCGGGACGCGAAGCAUGCGAAGAUAUGUGGGCAAGAUAGCAGCCACGAAGGAAGCCUUAGAGCGCAAGACGAGUCUGCACAUGAUCCAUGGCCUCGAUGUGGCCCGAGCGAUCCUCGCCGUCGUCGAGUCCUUCGAUCUUGCCGCCGGUCAAAGAUGGAUCCUCACCGACCAACGCGUCUAUGAUUGGUGGGACCUGGCCUCCGCUUGGGGCGAAUCCUCCCUCGACCAUCCUCAUUCUCACCUCACUAUUGGCCCCCAAGCCGACUGGGUUAAUCAACUCAUGCAGGAACAUAACGUGCGUGCUUUGCCCAGAUCCCCCGCUCUGCUCGGGAGAGCUAUCGAUAGUCGCCAGUUUUGGACCACUUUCGGUCUCACACCCGUUCGUGCUAGAAUGGAAGAUCUCUCUUGAAAUCUUAUUCUCUCUUUAUGUCAGACAACGGCUUUGAUUUGUAUACAAAGCUCCUGGUCUUCUUUACUUAUCUCUGAACAAAUGAAUUAGACUCUUCCAGAGAUAAUCAAAUGUAUGUGCUUAUACCUAAACAAAAUAGUCAGUUAUAUAUGUGUGUAAAUGUGUGUUACUUCAUAUAGAUAAACUUCCUGAAAUCAAAAGCUUUAUUUAA